CCGCGUGUGUGUUCCUGCGCGCGGCUCGCGCGUACACUGCAUCAGAGCAGCUCACCGCAUCAGUUCAAAAUCCGAGCUCGCGCGCGACUGACUACUGCUAUAUACAUCAUACUCCCGCUCCGAUAAAAAUACGCUUAGAUCUUUUCCCGGCUGUGUGCGGCCGGCGAGUGUGAUUGACGUAUUUUAUUAUCAGCUCGCGACUUUCUGCCGCUUUUCGAGGCUCUAAUGAAGCAGUCGUCGUCUUGAGAGCUGUACUGGCCGUAUCGCGCGACGCUCCUCCGGCAUCAUCGCUCUCGACAAUGACCGUCGCUUCCAACGCCUUCAGCAAGGCGUUCAGCCGACCGAAGGGGAUCCCCUCGUUCGCGGUCUUGGCCGUUCUCGGAGUCCUUGUUGCCAACUCCGUGACGUGUUUCGCUGCCUUCAAUGUCGCCGAGUACGUGAAACAUGGAAGAAGCUUGGGAGAAAGACAUGUUCACAAAAGAGCAGCUGUGCCCAAGACGAUAUGCGAAACGCCAGGAUGUAUCCAUGCAGCCUCGUCAAUUUUGAGCUACAUGGACAGCACGGUGAACCCCUGCGACGACUUUUACCGCUUCGCCUGCGGCAACUUCGUGAAGAACUCCGUCAUCCCCGACGACAAAUCCAAGGUCGACAUCUUCAGCGCGAUCAACGACAAGCUCCAGGAGCAGCUGAGGAUCAGCAUUCAGGACGGAAUCAAGGAGAGCGACCCCCGAGCUUUCAAGCUCCUGCAGACUUACUACAAGACCUGCAUGGACACCGCGCAAAUUGAAAAGACGAGCGAUAACGACUUCCGGGAAAUCCUGAAGAAGCUCGGCGGCUGGCCCGUUUUGGAAGGCAAGUCAUGGGACGAAUCGAGCUUCGACUGGAAGAAGGCGGUCUACAAGUUCCGCAACACCGGCUACUCCAUCGACUACUUUAUCGACUUCGAAGUCGAAGUCGAUAUGAAGAACAAUAGCCGGCGCGUUAUUAAUUUGGAUCAAGCCUCGCUGGGAAUCCCGCAGGAGUACUUGUCGAAAGGCCUGAAGGAAAAAGUCGUUCAGGCUUACUACAAGUACAUGGUCGACUUUGCGGAAAUCUUCGGAGCGAAUCGCGAGCAGGCCAAGAAGGAACUCGCCGAGUCGCUCGACUUUGAAAUCGAACUUGCGAAGAUCUCCCUGCCGAGCGAGAAGCGCCGCGACAUGAGCAAGCUGUACAACCCGACGAGCGUGAAGGAGCUCGAGUCCAAGUACCCGGGCAUCCCCUGGGCGGAGUACGCGAACGAGCUCCUGUCGCCCCACGCGAAGGUCCGGGGCAGCGAGGAGGUGAUCGUCGUGGUGCCGAGCUUCCUCGAGGCCUUCGCCGGGCUGAUGAACAAGACGCCGAAGCGCGUGCUGGCCAACUACGCGAUGUGGCGCGUCGCCGGCGAGUCGGCCGGUCUGAUGGGCGAGCGCGUGCAGAAGGCCCAGAGCGAGUUCGAGGCCUCGCUCACCGGGACCAGCGUCAAGGAGCCCAGGUGGAAGGAGUGCGUCGGCUACGCGGCCAACAGCCUCUACAUCGCCACCGGGGCGCUCUACGUCAGGAGGCACUUCGACGAGAGCGCCAAGGCCAACGCCAUGGAGAUCAUACAGAACAUCCGCAAGAGCUUCGAGCGCAUCCUCGAGCAGCUGAACUGGAUGGACGAGAAGACGAGAAAGGCGGCCCUGGAGAAGCUCGACUGGAUUCAGCCGCACAUCGCCUACCCGGACGAGUUCCUCGACGACAAGAAGCUCGACGGCUACUACCAGUACCUGAAGAUGUACCCCGACAGCUACCUCAAGAGUCAGCUCAGCCUGAGGCUCUUCAAGCUGGCCUACGACUUCGAGCAGCUGAGGAAACCGGUUAACAAGACCGACUGGAUUUCCCACGGGCGAUCGGCCAUAGUCAACGCCUUCUACGACCCGACCGAGAACAGCAUACAAUUCCCCGCGGGCAUCCUGCAGGGUGAGUUCUUCACCAACGACAGGCCGAAGUACCUUAACUACGGCGGCAUAGGUUAUGUCAUGGGCCACGAGAUGACCCACGGCUUCGACGACCAAGGACGUCAGUUCGACAAGGAGGGAAACCUGGUCGAGUGGUGGGAACCCGAAACCAAGAACAAGUACCUAGAGCGGGCCCAGUGCAUCAUCGAUCAGUACAGCAACUACACGGUCAAGGAAGUCGGUCUCAAGAUCAACGGCAUCAACACCCAGGGCGAGAACAUAGCGGACAACGGCGGCAUCAAGGAGGCCUACCUAGCCUACAACGAGUGGGAGCGAAGCAGCGCUCAGCAGGAGGCUCGUCUGCCGGGUCUGCAGUACAGUCCGCAGCAGAUGUUCUGGAUCGGCGCUGCCAACGUCUGGUGCAACAAGUACCGGCCCGAGGCCCUCAAGGCUCGCGUCAUCACCGACCCGCACAGUCCCGGCGAGUUCCGCGUGAUCGGGCCCAUGUCCAACAUGCCCGAGUUCGCCAAGGACUUCAACUGUCCACUCGGCUCGCCCAUGAACCCCGCGAAGAAGUGUUCCGUUUGGUAAACUCUCUCCCCUCAUUCAUAAUCUCCUCCUCGCUUCAUGUCCAAUAUAUCAUAUCUAUCCACCGUGUCCUGUAUUUUGGCUGUCUAUAUGUGCGUUAUAUACCCAUACGCGCCAGGAUUCCGCGGGUUCAAACCGGUCGCCGCCGCGACGAGCGGAGCUUCGGGGUCGAAGACGGCAGUCACUGCAGUGCUCUGCUGACUCUGGCAUUAGACGUCAUACUAAAAUAAAAGUCUUUUUUAGAUCUCUUCAGCUGAGAGCUUUGUAUUUUUUAAGAGGACGACUCGAGGUGGUGCAGAUUGUGCUCCUAUACCUAAUACUUAGCUGCAGGCUCAGCUGUACCGGUACAUCUAUACAACACUGGUAGUACCUUAUAUAGGUGCUGAGGUGCAGCACGCUGAUCGAUUAGAUUGCACCGUUAUGAUAUACACGAAAAGCAACGAUAAUAUACUCGCUAAUUAAAAUUUCAUUUAUGAGCGUUACGCCUAUUAUACACUUAUUUGUAUUGAUUUGAAUGAAAAUGAAUUAAAGGAUUUUAAUAUGCUACAUA